ACUGAUUUAGGUUUUUUUGUGUGAAAGGACGGGAAUUAGUUUUAUUCAAGAAUCGUUAUUUUUAGAUGACAUGUGAUCUGUGGUAAACAAGAAGAUGGCUGCAGAAGACGCUGCUAUUCAACAAUAUGUUUUAAAAGUCGGAUCCGUAUUGGCCGUCGUUGGACUCCUAUGGUAUUAUAGACGAAUGAUUCAACAAAAGCUGUUCGCAUGGUUCAUGAAUAAAAUCACGAAAAGGACCAAUCGGGCAUUCUACAAAUACAAAAAAAAGGUUUUUGCUAGUGUACACAAUUAUCAACAAGCCAAAAACAGGGAUCUCAGCAUUCUAGAAGUUGGCGCUGGUUCGGCAGCCAAUCUACAGUUCUUUCCAGUGAAUACAGAACUGACGUGCCUAGAUCCCAAUACAAACUUCGUUGGAUACAUAAAAAGCAACUUGGAAAAAUGUAAUAAAGUUGUAUCAGCGGAGAUUGUGCAGGGUUAUGCAGAAGAUAUGCCAUUCAAAAGCGAUACAUUUGAUGUUGUAGUCAGCACAUUGGUUCUGUGCUCAGUCAAAGACGUGGAAAAGUCACUGAGGGAAAUAAAACGCGUAUUGAAACCAGGAGGAAUGUUUGUAUUCUUGGAGCAUGUGGCUGACCAACCAAAGACGUUUAUCUGGUAUUCACAAAGAUUCAUGAAUCCACUGCACCGAACAUUUGCGGACGGAUGUGAAACAAUGAGAAAUACUGAUCAGGUGAUUGCAAAUGCUGGUUUCAAGAAAGUAAACAUUGACAAUUUCAAGGCAAAAGGAUUGCCAUUUUGGUUAAGACCAUGCAUUGUUGGAACUGCAAGCAAGUUAGAUCAUUCAACUUGAGUGUUGCAUUAUGGUAUAUUCCAUUAGUUUCCUGAGAGUUAUGAAGUCUUUUAAUGAAAUUUUUUCCAAACAAGCAUUUUUUAUCUUUAAAUUUUAUGCAUUUUCUUUUUAAGCAACCCUUUAUAUCGAAAUGUAACACAUGUUUAAUUUUAGACAAGCAUUUUAAUUUAUUUAGAUUUUUAAUUUUCUUUACUUUUAUCAUAUAUGUAAAAAAAGGAUUUAUUUUUAAGGCAAAUUAUAUAUUAUAAAUUACAUUUUUAAGUUUUUAAUGUGUGAACAUUACAUUUUAGUUUUGCUUUUUAAAAGUUAUCUUUAAAAAAAACAUUUAGGUAUGAAGAUUUUUAAUGUAAAUAGAUUUUAAAUUAUUAAAUGUUUACUUGAUUUGUAUUUGAUGUCUAUUUUAACUUUUCGUUAUUCAAUGUUAUCAUAAUAGUUUUAUUUAAGACAUAUUUAUCAUUGUAAUUAUUGAAAGUGUUUUUGUACAUGUACAGAAAUAUUAAUAAUUUGUAAGAUAUUAAAGGGGCCUUUUCACGUUUGGGUAAAUUGACAAAAUUGAAAAAAGUUGUUUAAGAUUCACAAAUUUUCUUUGCAGUUAUGAUAUUUGUGAGGAAACAGUUAUACAGAACAUUCAUCAUGCUCGAAAAUAGCCAUUAUAUGCAUCUUUUGACAAUUUAAAAACCCGAAAAUUAUAAGCGAUGCAACGCGAAAAUAUUUAAUAAUUUGGAGAGUUCUGUUGUUGUCGUUAUAU